AUGGAUACCUUCGUGGCCAAUCUGUCCCCGGAGGUAGGAAUUGUCCUCCAAGAAAACAUCUCAAACAUCAUCGUCAUAUCGAUACUCGCUACUGCCAUAUACAAUGCCAUGGAAACGGUGUUGAUCACGUUUGACAUUGUCAAAAAUUAUCGCACCCUCUACCUCUGGAGCAUACAGGCCUCAUGCUGGGGCAUUCUUGUGCACGCUGUUUCUGCCAUCAUUUGCUGCACAUCUCAAAAAUCCACACUGCCGACGUCCGUGUUAUUCAUCGCUGGUUGGUACGUAAUGGUGACUGGUCAGGCUGUCGUAUGCUACUCUCGCCUGCGCCUGGUUGUUCUUGAUAUCAGCAAGGUGCGGUGGGUGCUCCGGAUGAUCGUCGUGAAUGCUGGCAUCCUACACGUCCCUAUGACAGUUCUGUUUUUUGGGAGUAUAAACGGCGAUCCCCGCUUUCUCCGAACGGCUGCUAUCUUCAAUCGCAUCCAACUGGUCGGUUUUUGUGUGCAAGAGAGCGUGAUUAGUUGCGUCUACAUGUCUGAGGCAAUGCGCAAUCUGAUAUGUGUCGCCAGACUUCGCGGCCGUGGGCAACCUCGAGCCACCACUCAUCUGCUUGGCAUCGGAGGAUUUGUUUUUCUACUCAACAUUCUGCUCCUCUUGACGGAGUACAGGCUGCAUUUCAUAUAA